AGGCUGCUGAAGUGGGUGGAUUCAUUCGCCCAUUCAGGAGCCUUAUAAGCAGAGAUGAUAGCAGCCGAGGAGAGGGCGAAAGGAGCCGCAGAGUAAGGAGAGCUGUAGCUGAAGGGGUUGGACGCUUGCCGAAGCAGCAGGCGGGAGAGGGAAGCGCUCGCUUUUGAUUGUGCUGAGUGAGUCAGCUUGGCUCUCGCAUGAAUAAUGGAGUGUGGGAAGUGUCCUUGUCAUCACGAGAACGGUGGGAAUGCCAUUCUCUACACCCUGCUAAGUGAGAACCUGACUCACCACAAGGGUAGCCGUGGCUCUUCCCAACAACGCUGCUUGUGCCACAAGCGCCGCAUCGUUUGCCUUCAGACCCCACAAGCUACUUGCCAGGCGGCUUCCGGCGUCUUGGUGAAGACCAUCAGCUUCAUGAAGAACCUGCCUUCUUUCCAGCUCCUGCCUUGGGAAGACCAGCUCUUGCUGCUGGACAGCUGCUGGGCUCCCCUUUUCCUUCUGGGCUUGGUGCAGGAGAUGGUGACCUUUGAGGUUACAGAGACCCCCGUGCCCAGCAUGCUGGAGAGGAUCCUCCUUGACGGCCAGUGCAAGAGACCGGAGUUGCAGCGGGUGCAGCCCACCCUGGCCAGCGUGCAGCGCCUCCAGUGCUGCUUAAACUCUUUCUGGAGUCUAGACUUGAGUCCUAAAGAAUACGCCUAUCUGAAAGGCGCAAUUCUGUUCAACCCGGACAUUCCAGGGCUCCGUGCUUCCUUGUACAUUGAGAGCCUCCAGCGAGAAGCUCAGCAAGCACUCCAACAAGUCCUAGUGCUUCUCCACUUAGAAGAUCAAGGCCGAUUUGCCCGAGUCCUGCUGAGCUCCUCCUCCCUGAGAUCCAUUCCUCCAACUCUCAUUACAGAUCUUUUCUUCGAACCCAUCAUUGGAAAGACAGACAUUCUUGAGCUUUUAAUAGAAAUGCUGCUGAUGAAAUAGUUUUAAGCAAGCUUAAACCAUCCUCGUGCUGUUGGGUCAGGCAACUCAUACUUGGCUUGGUAUUCGAUUCCAAGAGAAUGCACAAUGACUUUUGGAACACCCGACGGACAAAGCAUAACAUCUUACCAAUCACUCUGCAGACAAAGGAGGUGCUCGUGGGUGAACUCGUGUUUUAUUCCUGAACAAUGCAAGAAUGCAACAUGCACCCAAGCUCUGUGAAGUAUUGCACUUGUAACAAGGUGUUUGGAGCAGGUAAUUCCUGAGCUAGCAUAGCAACGUUCGUAGCAAACGUAUUGCCACCACAAAACUCUGCCAGGUCCUCAGUGUCGUCAGUUGCAGUGAUGGAAUAAAAGCCCUGACUGAACCAAUCUUGUUCAAAGAUACCUGCAGCUCCAAAGUGAGGCAUACAGUAUUGAUUUUUUUUUAUACUUCAUUUAUAUUGGCUUCAGUUUCAAAGUUCAAUUUCCAAAGGGAUGUCUUGCCUACAGAAAGGCUCCUGGGAACUGCCAUUGACUGGGAAAUAACCCACAGCUUCCCUUCCAAAAUAUAACCCCAGAAUUUCCUAGUUUAAAAAAAAAAAGAGCCAGGAGAUUUUUUCAGAAUUCAACCAGCCUCUCCCAGUUCCUAAAAAAAAGGAUAUGCAUCUAAAUGCAACUCAUUUUUUCUAAACAAUUUUUAAAAUAAGAAUAUUGACCUGCAUAAUCAUACAUUCCAAUCUUCAAGUGCAAACACUUUGCUUUAAGGUAUCCUGACUUUUGUAUAGAUUUGUGCAUUGAGGAAAGCUAAGGUCAGAAAAUGUCAAUUUCCAUUAUUCAUCAUUUUCCUGCUUGACGAGGGUUUCUUUUCCCCUCCAGCUUGCUUCAUGUAGUGUUGCCUAAAGCAGCUGUUUUUCUCUUCUCCAGUUUAUAGUGUAGUUCUAUGCUGGUUUCUGCCCUCUUUGCACAGAUUCCCAAUGUUAGUAUUUUGUGAGUAGGUGCUUCUCAAGAUUUGUAUGUAGUAAGAAAGUUAAGUUAUUGUUUUUUAAAGAAAAAAAUAAAAGCAUUUGCAGUUUG